ACACAUUACUUUCGCUAUAAAGCUACACACACGCAGAUUGCCAUUGUGCGUACUGAUCAAGUAUUCUCGAACCCUCCUAUGGCUUCUAUGCUACUAUAUUCUCCAAACAUCAACUCUAAGAGCACCGCGUUAGCCCAAUUUCCAUUGCCUAGGCAGCACAAUCAAAAUUCAUCAACAAUCAAAUUCCCACUUCUUAGGCACACACCCUUUCCAUCCAAGUCCAUAUCUCUUCCCAUCAAAUGCUCAUAUGUUCACCUUAGUGAUCGUGUUCUCAACUUAGAGGACCACGACGACGCUGCCGCCUUUGUUCAUGAAGAUGAACGCCCCCUAUGUGAAGUGUGGAGACAGAUUCACGGAUCUGAUAAUUGGGAUGGCCUUCUUGACCCGAUGAACUCCCAUCUCCGGCGGGAGAUCAUCCGCUAUGGGGAAUUCGCGCAGGCAUGUUACGACUCCUUCGACUUCGACCCGCACUCUAAAUACUGUGGCACGUGCAAGCACCGUGGAGCACAGUUCUUUGAGAAGCUCGGCAUGGCGGAUCGAGGAUAUCAGGUGAGCCGGUACCUCUACGCCACCUCAAACAUUAACCUGCCCAACUUUUUCCAGCACUCGAGGCUGAGCAAAGUGUGGAGCAAGCACGCGAAUUGGAUGGGCUAUAUAGCCGUCGCGACCAAUGAGGAGGAGAUUAGGCGGCUUGGAAGGCGAGAUAUCGUGAUUGCGUGGAGAGGCACCGUGACGUACCUCGAAUGGCUCUGCGAUCUUAAAGACAUCCUCCAUCCCGCGCACUUUAGGGACGAUCCAACAGUCAAGAUCGAGGCCGGGUUCUACGACCUUUACACCAAGAAGGAGAAGAGUUGCCAGUAUUGCUCGUUCUCGGCUCGCGAACAAGUAUUGGCCGAAAUAAGGAGGCUCAUCGAAUACUAUAGAGGAGAAGAGAUCAGCAUCACGAUCACCGGUCAUAGCCUGGGAGCAGCCCUUGCACUAUUGAGUGCCUAUGAUAUAGCAGAGAUGGGACUGAACAUUGUUCAGGACGGGGACUCAGCUAGAAGAAUCCCGAUCACGGUCUUUUCAUUAUCCGGCCCUCGAGUGGGCAACCUCAGGUUCAAAGAGCGGUGCGAUGAGCUCGGGAUAAAGGUGCUCAGGGUGAUCAACGUGCAUGACAAGGUCCCGACAGUACCAGGUCUCUUCGCGAAUGAGAAGAAUGCGGAACUCCAGAGGCAAUUAGAGAACAUGAUCUCGUUUCCAUGGAGCUACGCUCACGUUGGGUUGGAGCUCGCCCUAGACCACAGGCAUUCGCCGUUCCUGAAGCCCACCAAUGACCCUGUUUGCGUACACAACCUCGAGGCGCUCUUACAUUUGGUCGAUGGCUACCACGGGAAGGGAUGGAAAUUUCAUCUGGCAACCAAAAGGGACAUCGCGCUCGUUAAUAAGAGCUGCGAUUUCCUGAAAACCAAGUAUGACAUACCGCCAAACUGGUGGCAGGUCGAGAACAAAGGGAUGGUCAGGAGCAAAGACGGCCGGUGGGUAGUGCCCGAGAGGCCGAUGAUAGAUGCCCAUCCACCAGAUACAGCGCGCUACCUCGAGCAAGUCUUUCCGCAGAAGCCAGUCGAUCCGUGUAUAUGUAGCAUGCUUGUUGUUCAUGAAUUUUGAUUAAUUGGUACGUGAUGGAAUUAUAGUUCCGGGCAGUCCAGGCCAUGUAAAUGCGACAUAUAAAUGUCUCUAAAACCUAUGUCACAACUUUUGUCUAUACGAAAUUCCUAAUAAUAUUUAUAAUGUGUCA